UUUCAGAACGUCCGUCGGCGGCAAAGUUGCAGCGCAGAAGGGGAAGCACAGGUUAGCUUGGAGAGAGCAAUUCGAAAAUGGCUCGUGGCUUGAAGAAACAUUUGAAGAGGCUCAAUGCCCCCAAGCAUUGGAUGCUUGACAAGCUUGGUGGCGCUUUUGCCCCUAAGCCAUCAUCUGGACCUCACAAAUCCAGAGAAAGCUUUCCCCUGCUUCUUAUUCUCAGGAACAGGCUGAAGUAUGCCCUCACAUACCGUGAGGUCAUUGCUAUAUUAAUGCAACGUCAUGUUCUUGUUGAUGGGAAAGUUAGGACUGACAAAACCUACCCGUCUGGCUUUAUGGACGUUAUAUCCAUCCCCAAGACUGGCGAAAACUUCCGCCUGCUGUAUGAUACAAAAGGCCGUUUCCGUCUUCACUCUCUUCGGGAUGAGGAAGCAAAGUUCAAGUUGUGCAAGGUCAGGUCUGUCCAGUUUGGACAGAAAGGCAUCCCAUACCUGAAUACUUACGAUGGUCGUACUAUUCGUUACCCUGAUCCCCUCAUCAAAGCUAAUGAUACCAUCAAACUUGAUUUGGAGACCAAUAAAAUCACCGACUUCAUCAAGUUCGAUGUUGGGAAUGUUGUCAUGGUUACUGGAGGAAGAAACAGAGGUCGGGUUGGUGUGAUCAAGAACAGAGAGAAGCAUAAGGGUAGCUUUGAGACCAUCCAUGUCCAAGAUGCCACCGGUCAUGAAUUUGCUACUCGUCUGGGCAAUGUGUUCACCAUUGGCAAGGGUAGUAAGCCUUGGGUGUCUCUUCCCAAGGGUAAGGGUAUCAAGCUGUCUGUCAUUGAGGAGCAGAAGAAGAGGUUGGCUGCUCAGACAGCGACUACUGCUUAAGAUUUCUCUCGGCUUUUUUGUACCUUAAAGUCAUUGUAGAACUGUCUUAGACUAAUUGAAAUUGGUUGGUGGAUUCUAAGUUACCUUCCAUUUGGUUAAAAUUUUGGAUGUUAAAUGCUUGCAUUUUCAGAUGCUUAUUCUGUAGUUGUUGCACUCCUAUAAAUGAUGUUUUCGCACACGUUUCUACAGCGUUUGAUUUGUUGCAUCCUCCAUUUCUGCGUUCUUGCUACUGAUGCAUGGUUACCUUAGCUGCGUAUCUGCUUCUGGGGAAUUAAUUUAGUUUUAGAACACCCAGCAAGCACUUGUUUAUAAUCUACCAGAUUGUUGAUAAUUUUCCAGUGAAUCAUUUGAAGAAGUCCCUCUCAUGGAUUGGACUAUACCCUGUGGAUUUGGUACAAUUUUUAGUACCUACACAGGAGAUAUACUGCUAGAUUGACUGGGCUUAUCCUUUAGUUACAUUUAUCAAAAGGUAAAUUACUAAAUUGUUUACCGU